AUGUCUGCCCCUCGUCGACCUCCUCCAGCUUACACGGCUCCACCUGACUCGGGAAUACAUGCCACCUCACAGCUUUAUCAGUCCAUCUCCAAGACAGCAUCGGAUGCAUCAGCCCGCAUCUCUAAGGAAUCUUUCACAAUUAGACCAUGCUCCGGCCAGGCAUGGAUAGUUCCCGCUGGCCAUAUAUGUCGCCUUAAAACGCCCGAGGGCCCACAGGUGGGGGAUCUGAACAUCUGGAACGCCAAUAACCCCCGUGAGCGAAUGUGGGCAGCACGAACCCGACAGAUCCAUGCCUCGCAUGUCUCUGUCGGCGACCGGCUUUGGUCCAAUCUACCCUACCUCCGACCAUUGGUUACGAUAACAGGAGACUCAUUAGGUGGCGGACAGUUGCAUGAAGUGCUAGACCACGAUGGAAAGCGAAGAGCAGAGGUAGCCUUCGGCACGACGCAGUUUGGGGGUCGCGUGCAUGACCUUCUGGGCACUCGAUGCGACCCUUACGUGAAUCUACUUAUGGGUGGGGAGACCUUUGACUUUCACUGCCACUCGAAUCUGACGCGUGCGGUUGUUCCCUACGGAUUGACGGAGCUUGAUGUUCAUGAUGUAUUGAAUGUGUUCCAGGUUACUGGCUUGGAUGAAGAGGGGAAAUAUUUUAUGGAGACCUCACCUGCAAAGCCAGGCGAGUAUUUUGAGUUCUUUGCUGAAGUUAGUGUUCUGUGUGCACUUUCAGCAUGCCCUGGUGGCGACCUUUCAAACUGGGGCUGGGAUGACAAGGAAGGCGGCAUGGGGGCAACCUGCCGACCGUUGGGUGUUGAGGUCUAUCAAUUGGCUGAUAAAACUCUGUUGGAAGUGGAAGGGUGGAAGGCCCCAUCCAGUCCUGCAUACAAGGGGAUGCACGGGAUGAGCAUGCCUCCGCGGGAACAACCAAGCAGUCACGGAGGAGUCUGA